AUGGUGGUACACCAGCCGCGCUAUUCGCUCUUCACCUUGUUCGACAACGUGCUGCUGCUGGGCAUGGGGGGUCGCACAGUGUAUCUGGGCGAGUCCACCGGAGCCCUGCCGUACUUCCGCGAGUUGGGCUUCAAGAUGCCCGAACACGAGAACCCAGCAGAUUGGUUCAUGGAUGUCAUCAGUGGCAAGGUGGAGAAUGCAGGCGAGCCCAGCUUAAAGUUUGGGCGCCUGGCGCAGAAAUGGUUGGAGAAACGUGGCGAAGUCACGGGCCGGGAAGCCUUCAACACCGAAUUCCUACAGGCCCACGAUGACAGGCAUGUGCUGUCCAGUGCCUUGAAUGAGAAGUUGAACAACUUAAGCGUCAGCAAUGAUUCCGACAAUGUCACAGAGGAUCAGUUCAUGGAAAUGCUUCAGUCGAUGAAUGAUUCAAAGUUCUCUGAGAUGUCUCAGCCAGCACUUUGUGAGUUGAAGCAAAGGAUCGGCUUCCAAGAUGGCAAGGUGAGUCGGGAAGCUCUGGUGCGUUAUUUCCUGGGCAUGCGUGGCUCCUUCUCCCAUGAUGCCCUCACUGAGAGCCUGGUGUCAGAAAUGGCUUCCAGUAUGGGCGUCUCCGAAUCCUCAAUGUCCACGGCCAACUCGAAGGGAAUCGUUGUCGAUCGGAGCAUGUUCGGCAAGCGGGCCCGGUUUUGCUUCCAGUAUCCUGUGCUGGUGCAUCAGAACGUGAUUCGAUGGAUGCGAAGCUGGAGGCACAAGGCUUUCAGCACCUUUUUAGUGGCUGGCGCUGCGGUGAUCUUUGGUGCACAGUGCCAGGACAAGCUGGAAAUUGAAAACAUCCUAUGUCCACUGAAAAUCAAUUUGUCCCACUUAGCCUUGGGCUUGAUGACGGGCAUCGCCUGUUUGCCCAUCUUCGGUGCAGACCGACCCAUGUUUUGGAGAGAAAGUGCCAGUGGUGUCAGGGUUUCCGCGUUCUUCUUGGCAAGGGUCACUGUGUCUCUCUUUGACGUCCUGGCCUGGUGCUAUCUCUUCACCAAGAUCUGGAUCCUGGCUGCUAGGGCCCCCUGCUCCUACUGGCUUUGGUUGAUGUCCUAUCGCAUGACGGCCGUCAGCGCCGCCGGGAUGGGCGUCCUGAUCUCGGUGGUGGUGCCGGAGCACAGCGCCACGCUGGCCACGUCGGUGUCGGUGAUCGUGAUGGGUGGAGCCAUCAGUGAACCCCAAGCAAUUGGAGAAGGCAAAGAAAGCAUCAGAGAGGUGAUUGCCGCUUUUUCACCUUUCACCUGGUCCAUUGGGCAGAACUACUUGGCCCUGAUUGCUGAACAGGUGAAGGAACGAGGCGUCGGAGUCUGGGAGGAUUGGGUGAACUGGUAUGCCUUCGAUACCGUGGAAGGCUACCAGAGAAUCCUGCAUUCCCUAGGUGGAGACUAUACAGUGUCAGCUUACAUUUGCUGCAGUGUCUUUGGUCUUUUGGCUUUACUGACUGGAUAUUUGGGACUGCGAUGGUCCCACAGAGGCAAGCAAGCGAGUCCGACCAUCCAACUGGCGGGUGGCUGGUCCCGUUUCAGUUCCAUCGACGCUUCGGCCCUCGACGGACGCGGGUCCACGGGGUCCACAGGGACCCUUGGGUCCACGGGGACGGCCGCCUGGCGGGCGCUGGGGAAGGAGCUGACGACGGCGCGGGGCACGGUGACGUGGCGGAUCGGACCGAUGGGAUGGGCGCUUGUGUUGAUCCUGCUUGGCAGUGUUCUCUGUGAACAUUUUUGUCCACCGGACUUCGGGAUCGCUGCAGAUGAGAGAUGGAAGCCUUACUUGGUCGCAAACUGCACUCUCUGUGGCAUUGUGCUCAUUGCUGAUGGUUUGCCUGCAGACGCGGUCCUCCUGGGCCUCUCAGUCCUUUUCGUUCUCACAGGCAUCAUCAGCGAGCGCCAGGCCUUCGCUGGCUUCGCCUCUCCGGGCGUCGCGGCCUAUGCGGCGCUCUUCAUCCUGUCCGAGGCUUUUGCGGAGGUCAAGGUCCUUGAUGCUGUGAUGCCACGCGCCAAAGCGCACCACGCGCGUAUCUGGCGGUUCCGACUCCUGGGUCACCAGAACACCUCCCUGCGCAUGGCGCAGCUGCGUGUCACCGCGCCCGUGGCUGCAGCCUCGGCGAUGUUUAACAACAGGCCACUGGUGGCCAUGUUAGUACCCUUGGUACAGGCCUGGGCACUGCGACACGGACACCACGCCGCACAGCUACUGAUGCCCCUGGCAUUUGCUUCCACUCUGGGUGGCACGCUCACGAUGAUCGGCUCAGCUGCCAACCUGUUGGCAUCGGAUUGUGCCCGUAGCCUGAAAGACCCUGUGGAGCUGAAACUUUUCGCCUUGACACCUUACUCCCUGCCGCUGAAUUUCAUUGGUGUUGGCUUCAUGCUCUUGGGCGCGCCUAGGCUGCUGCCACAACCACAGAGCUCUCAGAGUUCUUCGAACCGGGCUGAAAGUGAUGUGAUUCUGCCUCCCCAGCUGACUGCGGACGAGGAGCCGGCCGUGACGGCGGCCAAGCUGCGAAGUUACCACAUCCUCUUCGUGGUCCGUCGCCGGUGUCCCUCCAUCGGCAGCUCCUUGGCGGACCUGGGCCUGGCACGGCUGCCGGGCGUGGCCGUCUUGGAGCUGAAACGCUAUGGGAAAGUGAUCCCAGAGAUGCUCUGCACUCCGUUGCAGCACGGUGACGUGUUGAAAGUGAUGGCAAAUGCUGCCAGCAUUGCCCAACUUCGGAGGAGUUAUGAUGGCCUGGAGCCAGCCGUGCACCGAGACUUAGAUAUCUUGGGAGGCCGUCGUAGGCACCGCAGGCUCUUUGAAGUGGUGCUCGGAGCAAACUCUGAGCUGCUCAAGGCUCCACUGCUGGAGCAGAAGCAGAGACUGCUCCAGAUGGGUUGUGUGAUUUUAGCCCUGCGACAUCCCGAUGGUGGAGGGGCAACACCAAGUGGUCACAUCGCCGCUGGAGACAUUUUGUUAGUGGAAGCGUUCCCCGGAAUCGACGGCACCGCGGAUUUCGCGGUCAUUGCCCCUGUGGACGCCUCCAAACCUCCGCGCUCGGGGAGGCAGCAGGAUCGAAUGCGCGGACUGCUGUGUUUGGUCGGUUUCAUCGUGGUGAUCCUAUGCAACGGCUUCAGCCCUGGACUCAAACUCGGGCGGACCAGCCUGGGCAAACAUGAAGCGGACUUCCUGUGCUGUUUCGCAAAGGUCCUGGGAUGGCGCGAGGCCCUGCAGUCAGUGAAUGGCGGCGUUAUCAUGACCAUCGCUUCCUCCUUCGGAAUCUCUGCCGCGCUGACUCAGACGGGCGCCGCGCACGCCUUGGCCAAUGCCCUACUCUCGGCCGGCCUGAGUUUCGGGCCUUUGGGGGUGCUGAUUACACUCUACACGGGCACUGCGCUGCUCACCAACAUCAUUAGCAACACAGCCACCUGCGUGAUGAUGAUUCCAGUGGCUGCGCAUAUCUCUGAAGAGCUGCAAGGAAUGGAGAAUUCUGAAUUGAACUUGAAGACGCUGAUCAUCAUGGUCAUUCUGGCUUCCAACGCAGCGUUUGCCACACCCCUGGGGUCACCUUGCAAUCUCUUGGUGGUGGAUGCUGGCGAUUAUGAAUUCCGAGACUUUCUGCGCUUCGGAGGGAUGCUUCAACUGGUCUUGUUAGUGUCAACUUGCACCCUGCUCUACGCGUGUCCGUGUACAUAA